CGGUGCCUGCGUCUGCUCCUGUGGGGGGGAAAUAAUAAGUCGACUGGCUCGGGGGCAGGGAAGCCGAAAGUAUCCGGGAGACAGAGCGGUGUCGCGGAAGUUUACAGUCGCAGCGGCGGCGCAUCCUUCCGCGUCUUUCUUUUUUUCCUGUCAUUAUCUGGGGUAACGUGGAAGCGGCUGUAACUGGCAACCAUCCGGGACCCACUGAUCCUGUGGUUCUCCCAGCCUCGACCCCCAGAGCAUCACUGCUUCUGCCUCCCUUUCCCGUGUCCUCUGGGCCCAGCAGCCGCAGCAGCAGCGCCGUGUGACCCAGGAACAAUGGGCCGGAAGCUGGACCUGUCGGGCCUGACAGACGACGAGGCGGAGCACAUCUUAAAAGUGGUCCAGCGAGACAUGAAGCUGCGGAAGAAGGAGGAGGAGAGGCUGAGCGAGAUGAAGCAGGAGCUGGCAGAGGAAGGCAGCAGAUGCUCCAUCCUCUCCAAGCAGCACCGUUUCAACGAGCACUGCUGCAUCCGCUGCUGCGCGCCCUUCACCUUCCUGCUCAACCCCAAGCGCCAAUGCCUUGACUGCCAGUACAACGUCUGCAAGACCUGCUGCACCUACAGCAAGAAGGACAAAGCCUGGCUCUGCUCCGCUUGCCAGAAGGGCAGGAUUUUUAGAACGCAGUCCCUUGAAUUCUACUACAACAAUGUGAAGAGUCGCUUCAAGAGGUUCGGGAGCGCCAAGGUGUUGAAGACUCUGUACAGGAAGCACAUCAUCGAGAGGGGAACGCUCUCUGAUCUCCCAGAAAGCAGCGUUCACGAGGGAAGCACGGGCAACGACAACGAUGGCAGCGUCUGCGGCAGCGACUCCUUCUUCUUCAAGCAGAGCGAAGGACACAGUAUGGCCGAGACGCUCACAGUGGCCCUGCGUGUGGCUGAGGAGGCCAUAGAGGAGGCCAUCUCCAAGGCGGAGGAGUUCAGCGACAGCUUGGAGAAGCAGAAUGAGGCCCGGUACCUGCGGGACCACAAAGAGGAACUCAUAGAGGAGCUCGCCACCACCAUUGUGCAAAAAAUCAUCCAGAGGCGGAAGCGCUCGGAGAUGCAGUAUGACUUUGUCUGGCCUCAGCCUCAGUCCCUGAUCCAGCCCAGCGAGCCGCCGUCUCCGUCCCAGCCUCGCUCGUCCACGCGAGGACCCCAGGACCCCCUCAGGGCCUCCUACACCCUCCUGCGGUCAAGGUCGGCCUUCUCCCUCACGAGCGACGACUCCCCAGACAAGGGCCCGGAGGAGGAAGCCGCCGGCGCGAGCAGCAGCUUGCAGGAGUACGCUUCCCUGAAGCGUGAGGCCAAAGCGGCGUCGCUGCCGAGCUGGAAGAGCGUGGACCGCCUGGACAACUCCAGCGCGUCCUCGAUUCUCCAGAGCCCGGACGGCAACUGGAUCGCGCUGCACAGCUCCCAGCUGUGCCGGCCCAGCCUGCUGACCAAGAGGAAGAGCCUGGUGUUCAGCGUGCUGGAGAAGGAGUCCGGCGUCGUCUCGGCGUACGACGGGAUGGGCUCGGACUCGGACGACGGCGGCGGCGACGCGGGCGGCUGGGCCGCGGCGCUGCGACAGUUCCGCCGCAAGCUGUCGGACGAGACCUACUACACGGACUCGCAGCACGACCCGGAGUGGACGUACACCCAGCACCUGCCCGUGACCUCCCCGUCCUCCGGCCAGUACACCAACACGGAGACCCUCAACUCGGACUCGGAGGCCUCGUCGGUGCCGCCGGCGUGCCCGCGCCGGCCUCCUCCCACGAGGAAGAAAGGAGCGGCAGACGCGCACCUGCACCCUCAUCACCUGCCGCUCCACUACCAACACCUGCACCAGAGCUUCUCCCCUCAUCCCCUCCACUCGGAGGCGCUGGAUGUCAACUUUAACCCCAAGGUGAUGGGCGACAGCAGCGAGGCGGAGGAGCGGCAGAGCGACCCCGUGAGGAGGUCCCGGCGACGCAGGAAAAGCAGGAGGGAGUCGUCGGGGGAGCAGUGCAGGACCGAGGAGCAGGGCCGCGCUCAGGCUGCACCCCUGCUACAGGAGGACAGUGGUCCUCUGCACAACGUCCUCAGGAAGAGGGCCUUAUCUGAGGAGCAGCCCACGCCGGACCCUCUGCCCAUGGUCACAGCUGCACCGGACGCCUUCCAAUCACAUGCCAUGACACCGGAGCCAGAAAGCCUGGACACGGUGGCCCCGGCUUCAGCGGCCCUGCGGCCCCCUCAGCCCUGCUCCCUUGCCCUGGGAGCCCAUCGCCUGCCCAGCGGCCCUCUGGAAGACGACCCGCAACCCAGACUGAGCCAGCCGGUCAACUGUGCCAACAGCAGCUCAUCGGAGGAGGACUGCACACAGUGGCCUGCGGAGAAACAGAGUGACAGGCGGAAGGAGAAGCCGAGAGCGAAGGACACAGAAAGAGAGGAGAAGCGAACGUGUGAAACGGUGGAGCAAGUGAACGGGCAAGAGGCGAAAAGAAGCGGGAGGCUGAUGAAGAGCGCUUCAGUGAGAGAGGAGGGAAGAGUUUGGGAGAAGAGGCUGGAGAGAGCGGCGGAGAGUUUGGAGGAGAAAGUGGACAACCAGGACAAGAAGAGAGGAGACAAAAGGAAGUCGGGCCGGCAAAGUAAGAGGCAGCAUAAAAGAGAAGGAGACAAGGAAGCGGGACAGAGGGGAGUCACGAGGAGCGGCUCCAGCGCCAGCUCGCCUGCUGUUACACCGUCCUGCCUGGAGGGGGUGCUGUCAGACAACCAGCAGAAGUACUCAGCGGCCUCUCUCUGCAGCAUCACCACAGAGGUGCUGAAGGUGCUGAACGCCACCGAGGAGCUGAUCGGUGAGGCGGGCGGCGAGGGCUACGCGCCGUCCGAGUCCGUGAGCGCUUCCCCCGUCUCCAGCAGCUCCGAGAACCGCAGGCUGGAUCACAGGCUGACCAAGAUUGAGGAGAAUGUGUACCUGGCUGCUGGCGCCGUGUACGGCCUCGAGGGGGCUCUUGGGGAUCUGGAGCAGUGCGCGCGUGGCAUUAGCAGCGGAACCACAGACACGGAGCUGGCCUUUCUGGAGGACCAGGUGGCCACAGCCGCUGCUCAGGUCCAGCAGUCUGAGCUCCAGAUAUCAAACAUCGAGGCCCGGAUAUCGGCUCUGAAAACAGCCGGGCUCAACGUGGCUGUCUGCAACCGCUUCUCCAAGAGCAAACCAAAGGAAAAGCCUCAAACCCUGGACUCGUCGCGUCAUCAGAGGAGGAAGCUUCCAGCGCCUCCACUAAAAGUUUUAGAAAAGUUGGAGCCAGAGCAGCAGAUGAAGGUGUUUCGACCGUAGUGUGAGCAGCACAACAAGUCCCUCAGGGCCACGUUAGAGCCCCAGGGACGGGGGCCACUCUCAUCCAGUGCCUUGACCUAGCGUCCGUCUCCACCUCCAGGACAAGUAGGGGCCCUUUGUGACCCAUCAAGCACUCAGACCCUCAGCCAGGCACGGCACCAUGCCAGUCAGACACCUCAAAUGGCUGGAACGUUCCAUUUGCUCCCCCCUCUUCAUCCGUCGUAGCCAUCUCCUCACCAUGCACAUGAUAUAUCAAAGGAUCAUUCAAGUCAGUGUAUCUGCCUUAAGCCCUUUUCAUGACCCGACUCA